AUGGAGGCUGUGAAGAAAUGGACUUCAGGCUGGGGCUAUCCCACCACUCUUUUAUGCAUCUAUGGGUUCUUCAGCACAGUUAAACCACUGGAGCCUUUUCUUAUUCCGUAUUUAACAGGACCGGAUAAGAACCUGACAGCAGAACAGGUAAACAAUGAGAUUUUACCAGUGUGGACGUACUCCUACCUGUCUGUACUGGUGCCAGUGUUCCUGCUCACUGAUUGGCUCCGCUACAAGCCAGUGGUAGUGUUCCAGUGCCUUAACCUCUUUGUCACCACCGCCAUGAUUCUCUGGACGAAAAGUGUGGCGGCCAUGCAGGCCACGGAGUUCUUCUACGGAGUGGUGACAGCCAGUGAAGUGGCCUAUUUCUCCUACAUCUACAGUGUGGUGGAUCUGGACAGGUAUCGUAAGGCUACCUCUUACUGCCGCAGUGUCCAACUGCUGGGUUACACAGUUGGAUCUGUGCUUGGCCAACUACUGGUCAGCUUUAAUCUCAUGUCCUACUACUACAUCCUGGUAUUGACCCUGGUCCUCACCUCCAUCGCUCUCUUCACGUCCUGCCUCCUGCCAAUGCCCCAGCAAAGUAUGUUUUUCCAUCGCAGACGAAGACACAACGAGGCACCAGAGGACACAGGGAAGUAUAUUGAUGGGGUUUUAGAUGGAAAAGAAAAAAUAAACAGAUUGAGUAUUUCCCUGGAAGAAGCAGGAGGAAAAAAUGAAAGAGAGCAAAGAGAAAGCCCUGGUGAAGGCUUGGGAGAAGGCAGGGAAGAAAGGACAGGUCCCAAGAUUGAGGAUGCUGAGGAGGCUGGACAUACAGAGGGAUGUGUCCAGGUUCUCCUCCAGCUGUGGAGGGACUUCCUCCAGUGUUACUCUUCCCCACAGCUGCUAUACUGGUCAGUGUGGUGGGCAAUGGCCACAUGUGGCUACAACCAGACUGCUAACUACGUACAGGUACUGUGGGAGGAUGUACAGCCUUCCCAGAACUUCACCAUCUACAACGGAGGAGUGGAGGCCAUUUCAAGCCUGUUCAGUGCAGCCACAGCCUACAGUGUAGGCUUCGCUCAGGUGAACUGGGCUCAUUGGGGCGAGUUAGCCCUGGGUGGCCUUUCUGUCCUGGAGGCUGCAGCACUCUUUGCAAUGACCUUCGCAGGCAACAUCUGGGUCUGCUACACUGGCUACAUUGUUUUCAAGAGUCUAUACAUGCUAUCAAUUACCAUAGCCAUGUUCCAAAUUGCAGCUGAUCUGUCAAUGGAAAGAUUCGCACUCAUCUUUGGAGCAAACAACUUUGCAGCUUCAGCUCUACAGACCAUUAUCACCUCCAUAGUGGUUGACAGUGGAGGGCUUGGUCUGCCCAUCGUCCAGCAGUUUACCAUAUAUUCCAGCUACUUCUCAGUCAUUGCCAUUAUAUUCUGUCUGCGGGGAAUAUUCACAAUUUACAGAGGAAAGAAAACCCAGUUGGAGUCAACUCUUAAGAAAAGUGUUCCCCAAGACCCUGAUGUCCACUGUGAAGCCAGGCUCUAAAUAAGGAAUUAUCCACUGCCAACUGAGAUAUUACAUAAUCAUUGCUAAUUUGGGCCCGUGUUGUGUUCAGUUGGUUCCAAUGCAAAAUCCUUAAAAUUAUUGACUACAACACCAUGAAUAAAAA